AUGGGAAGACGAGACAGACCACCAUCGCCGCCGCCUGCUGGCCAACGCCCCGACCCCGCCUACUACUUCGAGGACUACGAGGACGGCAAGGGCGGUAAGGCAACAUGGGCACCCCAUGCAGACGACCAGCGCGACUACCAAGACUACCGCCAUCAUCGCCGAGACCAGCGCCGCCCGCCUGGGGAUCGACGUGGUGAUCGCCGUGACGAUCGCCGUGACGAGCAGGACCCGCCGCCGCCGCCGCCGCCGCCGUCGUCAAAACCAAAGGAACCCCGCCAACGUCCCAGGAGAUCGCCCUCUGUGUCGUCGUCCGAUUCAGAUACGCCCCCUCCACCGCGCCGCGAGCGUCGUCGCCCUGAGCGCCGUCCCCGCGAACCCGAAGCCUACGACUCGUACGACGAGCACUACCCUCCCCGCCGACCUCGCGAGGACAGACAUGCGCCUCGAGAUGACGUGAAGCGACCUCGAGACGAUGGGCAGCGACCUCGCGACGACGGGCAGCGACCACGCGACAGCGCCCAUCGAUCACGAGACGACGGCUACAAAGACCGCGGCGGCUAUGGCUCCGACAACAGACACAACAGACCUCGGAGGGACCCUCGCUAUGAUGACAGGAGCUACGACAAGGACCCAAGAGACAGACGCCGCGACGAUCGAUACGACGACAUGUUUGUCGAUUCUCGUCGCAGCCCCCGCUAUGAUGGGAGAGAAGACCGAGACAGAAGAGGACGCUAUGAUGACGACCGAUACGGCCCGCCCUCCAGAAGCCGACGACAGUCUGUUGCCGGCGCCCACCCUAAGUGGCAGAAAGAAGCCAUAGGCAUGUUCAAGGAGUACGCCCUGCCUGUUAUCAAGCAAGAGGGUGGCAAGUACCUGUCAAAGCAGAUGGCAGGUAUGAUCUCGAAGCGUUGAAGGUCGAGAUAUUCACCACUAUCCACCACCUGAAGUAUUGUUGCGGCCACUACUGCUCUGGCGUUUUAGGUGUGGCUCAUUCACAUUAC